AUGGCAACAGAGACACUAACAUCCGAGUCUUUGAGACGGGAUUUCAACAAAGAACCCGAAUCGACAAGCAAGUCCUACGUCCCAAUCGGAGACGGCUUGGAGAAACCCGUCAAUGACCCCCCAGGCAUUCAGGGCCCAGACCAUGUACCUUUGGACAAAGAGAAAAAAGAACCCAUCAUAUGCGACUCUUAG